CCUAGCUCGGCUCUCCACCCUGAAGACAAGCAGAACAUCUAAAUACAUACCGGAGACCGCCUUAAGUCAACAACCACAUGACAGGUCCUAACAACUUAGAUCUGAAUGCGAUUCAUACCGAGACGUUUAAAGUUAAGUUUAGCUGAACCAAACACAAAGCAGCGGUGAGGGAUUCAGUGCAGAGACAUAUACUGCACACGUUGUAAUGUGUUAGUGCUUGUUGCAGACAUUUAUUCAACCGCCCGACGAAUGCAUCUACAAAAGCCUCUGGCUGUGGCAUUGCUACGUACAAGAGGUGGGAGUCCUGUGCGGUAAAAUAACGUCUCACAGGUAUGGAGGAAAAUGAGUCCACAGAGUCCGUGUACAAAGCUGAGCAGACAGAAUGUCGCUCUUUAGUAAUAAAAGCGGAGAAGAGGGAGGCGACAUCGCAGCGGGAAAACUUGGAAGACCUCCAAGCUGGAACCAGCUACUGGUGUGUCUCAGAGAGUGCAGAUUCUCCUUUGCUUCUGUCUCCUGUCCCAGGGCCAUCGAUAAAGGAACCCCCUCCAGUAAAACCCACUCCUGGACGAGACCACCGGCGCUAUUACCAUGAGUACUGGCGCAGCGAGUACCUCAUGGACUUUGACUGGCAAAGACAUGGGAUGAUAUGCAUGGUGUGCGGCAGCUCUUUGGCAACCCUGAAGUUAAGCACCAUCAAGAGACACAUCAGACAGAAGCACCCUUACUCUCUGCUUUGGAGCGAGUCAGAUAAAGAGGUGAUCAGAUCGGGGUGGGAGAGUCACUUGAGUCUGGAGAACAGACAGAGGUCAAUAUGCUCUAAUCCAGACAAUGCCCCAGAGUCAGAGGAGUUGUUGGAUGUUGAGAUGCACCCUGCAGGCAAUCCUGGAAGAGCUGUCACUCCAGCUUCUCCAUCCCAGUCUGGGUUUAGCAGGGUCACACCCUCUCCACCUGCCUCCUCUGUCCAGGAACUCCCAGGCCCCACAACUGAGGUGUUGGAGCGCUACCUGAAUGACUCGUUGCAUGCCUGGUUCCGUCAGGAGUUACUGAUGGAAUACCAGGCAGAGGCGGGUCGCCUGGUAUGCAUGGUAUGCAGCUCCCUGUUGCCUUCACUCCAACUGGAUCACAUUAAGAGUCAUGUGCUGAAUCUGCAUCCAAAUUCUCUGUUGUUUAGCGCAGAGGAAAAGCACUCCAUCCUGCAGACCUGGGCCAAGACACACGAAUCAGAUUUUUUACAAGAUGUCAAAUUGGAGCAACAUACUGAAAACAUAGAUGGCUCAGCCCAGUUUUUUCCUCUGGACGUGGAUCACCCCCAGAAAAACUUAGGGAGUUACUCACGAGUAGAUGAGAAUCCAUUAGAUUCUGACCAGAGAGCUCAGUCUCAACGCUUACCCAUAAAAAGAAGACUGAAAUACGGCAGUCCUUGGCGUCUCCGUCUGGAUUAUUUAGUGGCGUAUGGUCCUCCGGAUAAUCCACACUGCUACUGUAUGGUGUGUUCUGAGCACGUGCCUGUGCCAAGGGUCAGCAACUUCCGUAAGCACAUUCAGGCGUGCCAUCCAGAAACAAGUGGCCUUAGUCGGAAUGAGAGAGAUGCUGUGAUCAGGGCCUGGACGAAGAAGGAGAAUAUCGAUUCCGCUAUGCCGAAGGAGGAUGACCUGCACAGUGGAACUGUUACUGUGAACACAGUUAUUAAUGCACAAGAUUCACCUGUGAAAAUCACAGAGCAAGGAGGCAUCAAAAUGGAAGAAAAUGAGAGCACAAAUAUUACACCCUCAACACAGACAACAGGGCGGAACAGGCAUUAUCCAGGUAAGGACCAGCGGCGCAAUUAUCAGGCACGCUGGCGGAUCGAUUUCCUAAUGGACUAUGACUGCAGGAGGCAUGGAUUGAUCUGCAUGGUGUGUGGUGCUAUGCUCGCUACACUUAAAGUCAGCACGAUCAAAAGACAUGUGCUACAGCUGCAUCCUCACUCGCUGGAAUACAGCCCAGAAGAAAAGCAGCUUGUCCUGCUUAGCUACAACCAGAUCUCCCUGCAUUUUCAUUCUGACGACUGUUUUUUGGGAUCAAACCACAGUCAUAAAGAAAAUGCUAAUGUUAAUUCAGUACUGACUUUGAAUCAGGGGACUUAACUGGAAGAAAGAGGUAGGAAUGUGUUUUUGACAUCCUGUUCAUUAUGUCCUUCACUCCGAAAGUUUGCUGCAGGAUUUUUAAAAAAAAGUUUUUGAAAAAGGGUUCAAGGAUAUUUGAAAUUUGCCUCCAACAAAGUGAAUAAACAAACUGAAAUGAUCAAGUAAUAAAAUAUAAUUUAUACUUUACUUACUUUUAAAGUGAAGUGAAGAAACAACCAGCAUCACAUAAGCAUAAUGUUUAAAUAGAAUUUGAAAUGUUUUCAAGAGGUGUUUUUGCUGAAUAAAAUAAAGCUCUGUUUUGUAUAACAGACUGUGACAAGACAUUUGAUAUUGUGCAUUAAAGUCGCAGUGUGGGAUUGUUAGUGGCCACUAGUGGUGAGUUUGAGAAUCGCAACCAACCUCUCAGUCCUCCGCUCACCCAUCCCUUUCGAAUCACGACGGUGGCCGCCACAGUACAAAAGAUGUUGUCUGCUGAGACAGCAGAUAGUAGCCAUUCAAGCAACGAUGUUUCUUUACAAAGGUAAAUAAAGAAAAUAUAGGUUUGGGCCGAUAGAUGAUGCCACCGUCCAUUGCCGAUGGCUGACAGACAUCACGAUGUUGAGCCGGCAUCGUGAUUCUAACAAAUGUUUCACGCGUUUGUCCAUGUAGCCCAUGUUGUAUAAAUUGGACGCGUGUCCGCGCUACCCGCGAUGUAUAAAGACGACGCAUUUCCGCGCAGCCCGUGAUGUAUAAAGACGAUGCAUUUCCGGCGCAGUCCGUGAUGUAUAAAAGAGGACGCGUGUCCGCACAGCCUGCAAUGUAUAAAGAUUCUCCUCACUUUAUAACGCCGCAGGGCGAUGUCAUUGUCCAUCGCUAUGUUUCACUGUCGCCCAACCCUAAGAAAAUAUAUUAACGAAAGUAACCAUUUAAUCUGUAUGCUAUUGCGAAAGUUAUUGUUAUAUUUCUAUAAUUG